AUGGUGAAGGGUCUGACUGCGUUGAAGAGUGUCGCCAGCCGGGAGUGGAAGCUGGACAGCAACCGGCCCUCCCUCAGCAAGUCAACUCGGGUCACCAGCCACUACUACCAGAAGAUGAGUGAAAUCAAGGAUGUCCCCAGCCCUAGUGACGCUGGCUUUGCAUCCCAAGUGGAAGAAUUGCGAAAGGCAUUUUUCAUGCGUCCUGGCUGUCCCCAGUUUAGCACCAGAGCCACAUCCACGUCUCAGUACGGGUCGACUGUGGCAGCUGCUGUGCCCAGAGAGCUGAGUGUCAGCACAGAGACCUGGAAGAUGACCGAAGGCAAGCUCUCUGGCCGACAGUGCUCGGAUACUAAUGUGGAUGGGCACCUCCUGCCCUUCAGUAAGAGUGCCUGUGAGUUCAAUUACUUGCAAAGAAAGAGCAAAUCCCAGAUAAUGAGCCCAGUCCCCAGCAGUCCAGUCGCAGCCCAGACCUACCCAAGAAAGAAGAUGCCCUGGUACAUCUCGGUCAUCCACGAGAAGGACAACUGCCUGUUCAUGCUGGGUAAGGAAGUCCAGCGCCUGUCAGAGCUGGAGGUGCAGAGCCGGAAGAAAGACGAGGAGAUCCUGGUGCUUCGGGAGGAGAAGGAGGCCUUAAAGAAGGAGCUGAAAUGCCUUCUCAAAGGCAAAGGCUGGGAGAUGUCCAUGUUACCUGGCCUGCAGGAGUGGCUGCCCGAGGCGCAGGCCAAGCUCGGGCAGGUGAGCAUCCUGCAGGGCGUCUGCAGGGACGAUGAGGAGUAGCUGCUGCUGCCGCGCUGGAAGCAGAUGCAGGAGGACUAUAUGGCAGCAGAGAAGGACAAGGAUCUGGAAGGAGGAGGAGGAGGAGGCGAGGAGGAAGAGGACUUGGCGGGGGCUGCUGAGCGGGUGGAGGGGAGGCAUGCGAAGGGGGGUGCAGGUGAGAAGGGGGCUGAGCAGGAGGAAUCGUACGAGGAAAAGGAGGGGGGUGAGGAAGAGGAAGAGGACGAGGAUGAGGAGAGGGUAGUGGAAGAGGAGCUGGCUGAGGAGGGAGAAGAGGCGAUCCAGAGGAGGAGGACAUACUCGCUGGACGAGGCCUUUGAAGAUGAGCUGUUGGCCAGGCUGGAGGAGUAUGGGCAGGUGGUCCAGGAGAUCCAGUGCGACCUGGAGAUCACCAGGAGCAGAUACUUGCUGGCGACAGGAGCUAUUACAUCUUUGCAAAGACAAGUGGAUUUCCAAGAGUCCCAGCUGCAGAAGAUCAACACGGAGAACGAGAUGCUGCGGAAGGAGCUGCGAGAGCGGAAGAAUCAGCUACAGGCCAUGUCCAACAAGUUCUCCAACCUCCGAGAAGGCAGAAAACAUGACGAAAUGAUGGGGCUCAUCGAGAAGGACAACCUUCUCCUCCGACAGGAAGUGUUGGAGCUGGAGAAUGAGCUCACGAAACGUGACCACAUCAUCUCAGAGUACGCCGCCAAGGUGCAGCAGCUGCAGGCCCAGGUGACCCUGCACCAGAACCACCUGCAGAGGCAGAAGCAGCUGCAGGAGGAGCUGCAGAGCAAGAACGAGCUGAUCCAGCAGGCGGAGCAGCAGGCGCGUGUGGCCCUGGAGAGCGCCCAGGCCAGGCUUGAAAGACUAAGAAAUAAGAUCAUCCAGGCCACCUUCAACAUCACAGGGGUCAAGUCCUUGGUCACCGAGAUCUCUGACAAUGACAUCCUGGAGGCUCUACAGAGGGUCAUCUCAGAGAGAACCGACUACUACAACCAGCUGAAGCAGAAAGGUGUGAAAGUGCCCCCCAUGAGCCAAUCGGAUGUCUUACUCUCCUUGCCCAGCAAACCCAAGAAGGCAACUUCCAAGUAGGUCCUGCCCAGCACGCCCAGCGUGGUCAGUCCAGCAGAGGCCAGAAACCAGCUCAGGAGAGCAGCUU